AUGAAAAACCUCGCUGUUUUACCGAAUGGCCCGUUCGACGUGGGAGCGAAGUUUUCAUCUUACGAAGACGUGCAGGCUGCCAUCCGUCAGUACGAAGACGACAAUUAUGUCCAGUUUUGGGUAAAUUCAUCGAGAACUAUUGCAGCAGCGAAGAAGAAAGGAUUGAGAAGAGACGUGGAGCCGGCUCUCACGUUUGCUGAGAUCGACUACAUUUGCACUAAUGGUGGUCGGAAGUUUACUUCAAGAUCAACAGGUGAACAACCAAAUCAAAAGACAACGAAGAUCGGCUGAAAAGCCAGAAUAAAGUUCCUGACAUCCCAGGAUGGCCAUGCCCUUCAAGUUAAGGCAAUCGAGACAGCGCAUAACCACAUUGUGAGCGAGCGUAAGCUAACUGGGCAACAACUCAACGACACUGAGAAGAUCCUCUCGCUAGGAGGGAACAAAAAGCUUAUCCAGACUAAUCUGAGGAGCAAUGGCAAGAUUGUGCAGCUUCGAGAUCUUCGUAAUGUGCAGGCAGCAGCAGCAAAGAAAGAAAUCUAUGCUAGUGGAACACUGCAGUCCAUAGCAUCUAUUGCCAGGCAAGCUGGAGAGACCCUUGACAUCUUGGCCAGAUAGGAAGACAACCAGCUCGUUGGGCUGUUUUAUCAAGAUGAAGACAUGAGAAGUGCAUUUCAAAGCUACCCCGAGAUAGUAUUCGUGGAUGCUACUCACAAGACUAAUGACAGGAGGCUGCCACUGCACUUUAUCUGUGUAGAGGAUUCAAAUGGGUACACAGAGGUUGCCGGAUUCUUCUUGUGUGUGUCAGAAGAUGAGGACACAGUUCGCUCACUCUUUCAUCGAUUUGUUGUACUCUCUAGAAGUGAACACAUGCUCAGAACGUGUGCAGUGAUGACAGACAAGAAUUUCACAGAGAAAAAGAUACUUGGAGAAAUAUUUCCCAAUGCAAAUUUCUACAUUUGCCUGUUUCACGUCCUGCAUACCUUUAAGAGGGAAAUCACACCACAGAAAAUGUCCAUCACACCAGCUCUUAGAAUUGCAAUCCUGGAAAAGCUGCAGUCAAUGUGUUAUGCUAGGACAAACGAACAGAAGCCUGGCAAUAGGACAAACAACAGGGUUGAAUCUAUUAACCAGAAAGUAAUGCAAAUUAUUUCAAAGUAUGAAAGCCUGCCACGACUUUUCAGUGAUCUCAUGGCACUGUUAACCAGCUUUCGUAUUGAAAGGGACCAGCAUGCUGUGGAGUCUUUGUUGAAAACACCUGCAAUCUUGAAUUUAACAGAAGACGAGAGCAAGUUUGCACAGCUCCUCACACCAUAUUGCGUUAAGGGGGUGCUUGAACAACUGAGAGCAUCUGAGAGCAUGAACCAAGUUGCUCCAUCAGCAUACUAUGCCAAGACCUGCAGAGUUGCAGCAUCACCAGAAGAUGCACCUGGGACUGUAGCUGUCUUUGACUUGCACAGCAAUGCAAGGAUAAAAAUAUUGUCUGAGACAAAAUACAGAAAAAGCAGCGAAGCAUUACAGAAAUUGGCAUCACGCAUUGCUGAGCAGCCAAUGCCUAGGGGUUCAGAACAGUUGUACAUGUACCCAUUUUCCUUCAAGCGGACACCAGCAGCAGCCAUCUGA